CGCGUUUCUGUGGUAUUAUGAAUGUAAAAAUUCACGAAAAGUGGCACUGUCACAAAGAAACGAAAAUUAAAUUCACGAAAUUGCCACAAAAGUGAUUCUGACAAAUUUCAUCAAAUAUCAGCGAAAGAAGCGAAAAACAGGCUACAACCCUGAAUUGUUGUUUUGCUGCUAAAAGUGGAAAGUUUGAACUCUUUUACGAGUUGUUUAGCAAAGUGUUGGGAAACUCAGCAAGAAACAUUCAAAGCUUCGUGGUUUUAUGUUGCAAUAAUGGCACCGGCAACCGCACUCAAGGAGCAACCAGCAUCAUCCAAUUCUACCGGCAUAAAUGCAGUUCUUCUGGGACCGCCGGGCUCCGGAAAAGGCACUCAGGCUCCGUUGCUAAAGGAAAAGUAUUGCGUCUGCCACUUGUCCACGGGCGACAUGCUGCGCGCAGAAAUAGCGUCAGGUUCUAAGCUUGGAGCUCAGCUGAAAAAGGUGAUGGACGAAGGAAAGCUAGUUUCCGACGAAUUGGUGGUCGAUAUGAUUGAUUCUAAUCUUGAUAAGCCCGACUGUCGGAACGGAUUCCUGUUGGAUGGAUUCCCGCGAACUGUUGUGCAAGCGCAAAAGUUGGACAACUUGCUUGAGAAGCGCAACACCGGGUUGGAUGCGGUCAUAGAGUUCGGCAUAGACGAUAGCCUUCUUGUGCGCCGCAUUACCGGACGGCUUAUCCAUCAAGCUAGCGGGCGCUCAUAUCACGAAGAGUUCGCUCCCCCCAAGGUACCGAUGCGGGACGACGUUACAGGAGAACCACUGAUGCGCCGUAGCGAUGACAAUGCGGAGGCGUUGGUCAAACGGCUAGAAGCCUACCAUCGCCAAACAAAACCGCUUGCCGACUAUUAUGCGCUACGUGGACUGCACUUCCGCGUUGAUGCUGCUAGAAGUGCAACCGAUGUGUUUUCCAAUAUAGACAACAUCUUUAAGCAGCAACGAGCACACCGAAUGGGGCUAUAAAGCCACGUGGGACAGAAUUGAUCAACCAUCUACCUGCCUGUUAGUUUUUGUAAUACUUUACAUUCACAUUCGGAAGAUGAUGAAACAUCCAUUGUGUAAGCUAUUCCAACAGUAAACUAGCAAGCUCUUGAACUAUCACUAUCCUGUACCUUGCAUUUUAAAAUGAUCAAUUUAGCAAAACUGCCAGAAGAAUCGUUGUUUUUUGUUUAUUGUCAACCAAUGGCAAAUUCACGUCGAAUACAGGCAUGAUCGGUAAAGUGAAUAUGCAGCAUAAAAUGGGCAAUAAAACAGAAUAUUUAAGAAAAUCAAAACAAUCUCUUCUAUAGCCUCAACAGGCCACGG